AUGCAAACCCACCACAUCGAACGCGGACUAAACGACCUCUCCCUUUAUCCACAAGAGCCAAAACGACAAGACUCCGAUCGUCGUUCCGUCAGCACUCUCAUGACCCCGGACUCGUUCCUGUACCGUUCGUCCUCAUUCUCCGCUAUUAUCGGAGACUACAUCGGCAUGGAGAGCUGCGUCGACGUCCUCAGCGACGGCGACCAAUUGGAAUUAUUGAAUCGCAGCCACACGCCGCCGCCCGGCGAGAGAGAAAUCCGCGGCAGGCGAGACCGGCGGUCGUCGGAGACGGGGAAUUACAAGAGGGAGUUUCCGCCGCCGAUCCCGUCGCUGGCGCAGACGGAGAAUAUGCAUUCGAGAAUGCCGUGGGUUCUCAGGCGCCACUACACCGGCGACGGACGCUUGAUCCUGACGGAGGAGAAAGUCCGCCACCACGAGUACUUCCGGGCCCACCGCUCCAACGGCCGCCUAACGUUGCACCUCGUCCCCCUCGACGGCGCCGUCUUGGGUGCUUCGCUAGCUGAUAAGGAGAUAAUUGAGAACGAAUGCAACAAUGUGGAGGAUCGCGAUAAUCAGGAACACAAUGAUCAGGAUCUGGAUGAUAAGGAUGAUGGCGGUGAUGAUGUUAAUUGUGGUGAAUUGGACGGUGGUGAUGAGGUUGAAGAGGAAGAUCAGUGUAAUCAUAAAAACGAUAAUGGGAAUAUUCAAGAGCAGGGAAUUGGUUCGUGUUGUAACUAUAGCAGUGGGCGUUGUAUAUUGGGGGUUGCAGUGCCAGCUAUAAGGCCUGUUCAUACUUAG